UUGCCACCCUCAUCUUUACCAGUCCUCCCCCCUCCCUCCUCUCUCCCCUUUCCACCCCCACCCCCGCAACUGCAACUGCAGCUCCUGCUGCAGCUCGCCGUGGUGUACGUGACUUUUCGCGGCGUCUGUGAGAACUUCAUGAAAGGUCCAACAUGUCGUUAGAUGAUCCUAAGCAUGUGGAGAAACAGAAUUGCUCCAAGAAGAAGACCGCAACAAGUCAUUUGAAACGAAAAACUUAUUCAUCUGACAGUGCCGAGAGCGAGAAAGAAAGUGCAGGCAGUUGGGAUUCAGACAGUAGUAACAGUCUGAAUUGGCGUCCACCUAAAAAGAAGAAAACUCCUGAGAAACAGAAGAAAAACAAUGUUAAUGAAUCUUCAUCAAAAGCACAAACAAACAAAGAUAUUGAAAUCUACUUACAGUCAGACUCCUGCUCAAAACUUGCAAAAUACUGUAAAUUUUCCAAGUGCAGAGAGUGCAUUAAAUCUCCUGAAACCAACCAGUAUUCAUGCCGCUUUUUCUCAUUCAGAAAAAUGCGGUGCAUCAAAACUAGUCUGAAUUUGUAUAGCAGUGGUUUUGCCGAGCCUACAGAUGCAGAUGAGUCUGACAGAAAGUUGUGGCUUCCCAAUUUAGAUAGCACAACAUCUGCAUCUACAGACUACCUGGAUUUUCAUGUUGCCAGAUUUAUUCUUAACCUAGUGGGUGACCAAUUUUGUUGCCUGAUUAGGCAAGAAGAGGAAGCUAUUCAUCUAAACAUGGGUGAAGAUUUUAUAGCUUGGAAGAAACCAAUGCAAGGCGUGCGUGAAAUGUGUGAUGUCUGUAAAACAACCCUAUUUAAUUUUCAUUGGGUUUGUGAUAGAUGUGGCUUUGUGGUUUGCAUUGACUGCUAUAAGGUUCGUAAAAGUGGAGUGAAGAAGGCUUGGAUGGAAAAAGGACCAGAUCAUGAUGAAUGGAAGUGGCUAUUUUGCAACAACCGCCAGUUGCACGACCAAGAACAGUUGAUGUUGUGCCAGACCAUUGCUGAUAAAUGUUUGCAGCAGCUAAGAAAUUUAGUGCAUGAAGCAAGACAUUUGUGUGAGAUUCCACAAACUUGUAAAUGUGACUACAAACUAAACUCAAUGGACAAUGUGUAUUCCACCAUCAACAUGGAUCGUGUGAAACAGCUGAUCAAAUUAGAUCCAUUAAAUGCCAUAAUAACUCAUCUGGAGGGUGAACCAGGCAAAAUAAAUGACAGCAAGGAACAUGAAGAACGUAUUUUGAAAGAAGCAGCUAAGCAGACUUUACCUGAAGACAUUUAUUUAACCAGUUCUUUUAGAGAAGAGGACUCAAGUAGCGACUCGGAUGAUGAAGGAUCUAAACCGUCAGGACUCCUGGAUUUGCUGGUUCCUGGAAAGGACUCCAACAAUGGUAAUGAGAGUAAAGUCACAUGCCCCAAAUAUACUUCAGAACAAACGGCAGCAGCAAGUUGCCCAGGUUCUGGAGGAUUGACAGAGUUGUCUCCCACAUCUCAACAAAAAUCAGCUCCACACAAAAACUCACCUUCUAAGCAAGUGAAGGUUUCAAGGAAUAGCAUGAUGGAUAUUGUCAUAUUGAUAUCAAGCAAGCAGGAUGAGCCUAAAAAUGCUGUGGAGGCAAAACCCAUGCAGCAUUUCGUUCGUCGCAAUCACAGUUCACUGCCAAGCAAUCCCAAUCUUCUCCCUCCCCGGAAGAUGACAAAGUUAGAGAGUGGCGAACUUUAUCCUAAUGUUCCACAUUCAUGGCUGUGUGAGGGUUCGUUGUUAAGAUUGAUUGAUCCAAGUCACAGUGGAAAUUAUAGACUAUUUCAGGAUCAAUGGAGACGUGGUCAGCCAGUCAUAGUAGGCAAUAUGACGAAACUUUUAAAUACUAAGCUUUGGGAUCCAGACUCAUUUUGCCGUGACUUUGGAGAGGAGAGAAAUGAUUUAAUUAACUGUGCCACUGGGCAUUUGGUCCCCAAUAGACCAAUGAAGGAAUUUUGGGAAGGUUUUGGAAACUUCUCGAAGAGAUUGAAAGAUGAGCAUGGAAACCCAAUGCUUCUUAAGCUAAAGGAUUGGCCUCCAGGUGAAGACUUUGCAGAGUUACUUCCUACUCGAUUUAAUGACUUGAUGCAAGCCCUACCCUUAGCUGAAUAUACUCGGCGCACAGGACGUUUGAAUCUUGCCUCUUGUUUACCGGACUUUUUUGUCCGGCCUGACCUGGGUCCGAAAAUGUAUAAUGCAUACGGCUCAUCUCUUUUCCCAACCAAAGGGACAACUAACCUCCAUCUCGAUAUAUCAGAUGCUGUCAAUUUUAUGGUGUAUGUAGGUAUUCCUUCUGAUGCAGAUUAUGAGGAACACGUCCAAGCGGCAUAUAAUGCCAUAGAUGAAGCUGGCUGUGACGAUUUAACACGCCGAAGAGUUCGAUUAGAAGGAGAGAUGCCUGGUGCUCUUUGGCACAUAUAUCAUGCGUCUGAUGCAGAUAAAAUCAGGGAUCUUCUAAAUAAAGUAGCCAUUGAGAAAGGCACUCGUCUUGAACCCCACCAUGAUCCUAUUCAUGACCAAAGCUGGUAUUUGGAUGCUGUUCUACGGAUGAGACUUGAGAAGGAAUAUGGUGUGACUGGAUAUGCUAUUGUACAGUGUUUGGGUGAUGCUGUUUUCAUUCCUGCUGGAGCUCCUCAUCAGGUCCGAAAUUUACACAACUGUGUUAAAGUUGCUGAAGAUUUUGUGUCCCCUGAAAAUGUCACACAUUGUUUUUCUCUAACCCAGGAGUUCAGAGAACUUUCUGACACUCAUACCAACCAUGAAGAUAAAUUACAAAUCAAGAAUAUUAUUUACCAUACGAUUAAAAGUGCUGUUUCCUCCCUGCUGAGGGAAGUUAGAUCUCCUCAGUAAGUUAGAUGUUGUUAAUUUUACCAACUGUUGCAAAUACUUCUAUACAAAGUCAGUCAAGACUGUCAGUAUUAUAAUUUUGUUAUUAGUGUGAGGUCAAUUACUGGCUUUUUACAUGUGUUGUAAAUUAAACAUUAAAAAUCAACCUCCUCUCUUAAAUAAUCAAGUGUUAGUGUAUGUUUCCAGACUCUUUUCCUUGUAUAUUUGUGUAAAAUUUUUGGCGUGAAUGCAAUUUUCAACAUUGUGUGUAGAAUACUGGAGUUUGAAGCAACAUUAUGUAAGACUUAUUAAAACUGUGAUGUUACUCUUGAUA